AAGCCAUGAGUGGCAGGGCGAUGUUGACACUGGAGAACUUGGCCCAGCUGCACCGCGCUUGCCGGCAGCUGCACUGCCUGGCCUCUGGGAAAGUACACCGAAGACAGUGGAGGCCUGUCCUGCCGCCCGCCCGCCCCUUGUGCCCGGUUCAGCUGCACCCUCCGCUCUGGCAGCCGGACACAGCGCCACAAUUCAGGCUUUUCACCACCAAGGAGAGGAAGAAAUCUGACAAAGCCAAACUGCGACCGACGCAACCGAAACCACAAAAGCAAGAAGUUGAGAUCAAACCCCGGAUGACAGUGGAAGACCUGGCGAGAGCAAUGCAGAAAGACAUAGAUCAUGUAUACGAAGCGCUGCUAAACACAAGCGUCGAUUUGGACUCAUUGGAACCAGAUUCCAUCUUAGAUGAAGCGUGGAUCAAAGACAUUGUGAAAAAAUCUGGCAUGAAGUACAAAUGGGCCAAGUUGAAAGAAGAAAAAGUCAAAGAAAACAAAGAUGCUGUAAAGAGGCCUCCAGCAGAUCCAGACUUAUUAACCUCAAGGCCUCCGGUUGUUACCAUUCUCGGCCACGUUGACCACGGGAAAACCACGUUACUCGACAGCCUGCGCAAAACUCAGGUGGCAGCAUCAGAGGCAGGAGGCAUCACCCAGCACAUCGGGGCCUUUCUGGUGCAUUUGCCUUCUGGGGAGAAGAUAACAUUCCUGGACACCCCUGGCCAUGCCGCCUUCUCGGCCAUGAGGGCAAGAGGGACGCACGUCACUGACAUUGUCAUCUUGGUGAUUGCGGCAGAAGACGGCGUGAUGCGGCAGACGGUGGAAUCUAUUCAACAUGCUAAAAAUGCUAAAGUUCCAGUGAUUGUUGCCAUCAACAAAUGCGACAAGCCUGCGGCUGACCCAGACAGAGUGAAGAAAGAACUGCUGGCUCAUGAUGUGGUUUGUGAAGAAUAUGGAGGAGAUGUUCAAACUGUCCAUAUUUCUGCAUUAAAGGGGGACAAUUUGAUGGCUUUAGCCGAGGCAACCGUGGCUCUUGCGGAGGUGCUGGAACUGAAGGCAGACUGCACAGGCCUGGUGGAAGGAACCAUAGUGGAGUCUCGCACAGAUAAAGGGAAAGGCCCAGUGACCACUGCCAUCAUCCAAAGAGGUACUCUGAGAAAAGGCUGUAUUCUGGUUGCAGGAAAAAGCUGGGCCAAAGUGCGCCUGAUGUUCGACGAGAAUGGCAACCCCAUGGAAACGGCCUCCCCGAGCAUGCCGGUGGAGAUCGUAGGGUGGAAGGAGGUGCCUUCAGCCGGAGAGGAAAUCCUCGAAGUCGAGUCUGAGCAAAGGGCUCGUGAAGUCAUUGAGUGGCGGAUAUAUGCUGAGCAGCAAGAGAAGGUCAAGAAGGAUCUUGAGGUCAUCGAAGCAAAAGAAAAGGAACACCAGGAGGCCUACAAGAAGGAGAGGGAAGGCCUGGUCAACCUGACCUGGAAACAGAGGAGGGCGGCUUUGUUCAAAGCCAAAAGGCAUCUCAUGGCCCAUCGACCAAAAGAAAAGGUGGAGAGUGACAAAAACAUACUCCCAGUCAUCAUCAAAGGUGAUGUAGAUGGAUCUGUGGAAGCCAUUCUGAACAUCCUGGACACUUAUGACGCGGACGAGGAGUGUGAAUUAGAUGUCAUCCAGUUUGGGGUUGGAGACAUUGGUGAAAGUGACAUACACCUCGCAGAGACAUUUAAAGGCAUUAUAUAUGGGUUCAAUGUGAACGCCAAUAAAACUGUUCAGAAGCUGGCUGCUAAGAAAGGAAUACAGAUAAAAAUGCACAACAUCAUCUACCGACUCAUUGAAGACUUGCAGGAGGAACUCAGCCGCACUUUGCCCCAUUCCGUGGAAGAGCAUGUAAUAGGAGAAGCCGUUGUGCUCGCCACCUUUGAUGUCACAGUAGGAAAAAAUAAAAUCCCAGUAGCUGGCUGCAGAGUACAGAAGGGGCUAUUAGACAGAAAAAUGAAGUUUAAAUUAAUUCGGAACGGUGAAAUGAUUUGGACAGGGCCCUUGUCGUCACUGAAACACCACAAGGACGACAUCUCUGUGGUCAAGACUGGCAUGGAUUGUGGACUGAAUUUUGAAAAGAACAUCCAGUUUGAGGUUGGAGAUGAAAUCGUUUGUUUCGAGGAGAAGGAAGUUGAGCAGAAGAUUUCUUGGGACCCAGGAUUUUAAAUCAUAAGCGAAGUUUCGGAAUGAUGGACCGAGCCACGUGGAUUAUGGUCAACAUGCCAGACUGCACUAAAGUAUAUUGCAUUUUUUGCAAACUCUAUGGUAAACAAUGCCAUAGAACAGGCAUGGGCAAACUUGGGCCCUCCAGGUGUUUUGGACUUCAACUCCCACCAUUCCUAACAGCCUCAAGCCC